CUUGGAUGCUGGAAGGCGGCGGCGGCGGCGGCCAUGUUGCCUAUCUCAAGAGAAGAGAGAACUCUCCGAGGACCGAGCAGCGCCAAGGUUCGCUCGUUCCUUGCAGCGGUUAACUUUGCUUUUUUCAAAAUAUAUAAAUCCUCUCAGUUGUGUAUAUAUUUCCAAAAAUUCAAUCUCCUGUUUUUUCAAAGGGAAUUUUAAAAACCCAGAAGAAAUGAUACAUUCAGUGAAAACUUGUAACAAGUGAGAGUGUUUUUAAUGUUCUCCAAAAUAAAAUAGUGAGGUGUCAUAAAAAAAAUAAAAAAGUGGUUUGUGAAAAAAGUGUACCCGUCGGAAAACAAUUUGAGACUGAAAAAAAAAAGCUGGAAUCAAAUUUAUUAAAGCCUCGGGUGCCGUGGAAAAUGUUAUCAUCCGCGGAGAUGUGAUCCGGAACUCAAGAGGGACGCUUAGUAGUUUGUAGUUUCGUCCCCCUUAUCCCCCCCUCCCACGUUACCCCCCUGAAAGGGGGCCCGCCCAUAUCAACUCAACAACCCCCCCUUCUACCACCCCACCCACACCAUCCCUCCUGUUUUUUUUUUUUUUUUAUUUUUAUUAGUGCAACUGAUAUUAAACUUCUAAUGCAAUCUGGACAAGUGAUUUUUAACUACUUCUUCUCUCGCAAACAUAUAACGUGCCAUAAAUUUAUCAGCAGUCUGUGAUAAAGAACCCCAGAUCUCGAAACGUCAAUGUGCCACCACCAUUAAAAUUCUUAGAAGUAGUAGAAUAGUACAAGAAGGAGGGGAAAGGAAAAACUUUUUUUUUCAACUGAAACACAGUACGACAAAGACACGACGAAUGACCUUAGAACCAAGAUCAAGGUCUAUUGAAGAGCACGAUCUCAUCAAGGAACAGGUGAAAAAUCUAGUCCGCAGAAUGUCUACCUGUGCGGACGAAGCCGAAAAUACAUCCCUGCACAUGCAGGAAUCUCUGUCACCGGAGGUUCCAGUCUCUCCGGCUUCAUCAUUGAGCAAUCCAAAUCAAAAUGACAGUGAACAUACGUUGCUCACGACAAUGCAACCAGUGAACGUUCUCGACCUUCACGAACCACCUGGACAUCCACUUCAUUUAAAAUAUCAUCAUCAUCAUCAUCAUCAUCCACGACAUCAUCAUCACCAUCAUCAUCAUCAUUCCCAGCACAUUCAUCAAGACGACGAUCAUUCACGUGGUCCUGACGAUCAGGACGAUCGUGUAACACCCGAGUCAACAGGCACCAAUUCAAAUUUAUCAGUUGGCGAACACAAAAUGAUUGAUCUCAUCUAUAAUGACGGUCAAAAAACAAUUAUGUACACACACGACAAGGAGAUUAUCUAUGAGAAUGAGGCUGAUAGAGUUCAAGUUGUUGAAUAUCCACCACCACCACCAUCGCCACCAUCUCCAUCACCACCACCAUCCAGAGGUCAGGGAUUGGUUCCCGUCAAUUGUGUCACACCAAGAACAACAUCAACACUACAUUUACAUUAUCCACAAUUGCAAUUACAACAACACGAUGACGACUUACCAAGAGGUGUUUCAUCAGUUUCAAAUAAUGUCUCCAAUUGUACAGCUGGCACAACAACAACCACUGUUUUGGUACUCUCUGAACUUGUCGCCGCCGAUCCAACUGCAAGCGCUGCCGCUGCACAACAAUUGACACUCACUGCCGCUUCACUUCGAGCUGGGUAUGUACAACUUCAUUUCCCUUAUUUGCCCGACAACUCGAGAAGACGAAGUAGAGGUGAAGAGGACUCGGGUGGUGUAGCAGAGGAGGAUCAAGCUGGUUACGGAACAGUGGCGGUAUCACGUGAGCCUGAGGACGAGGAAAAUUUAGGAGCAGAAGAAGCUGCGGCACAGUCCCUGCAAAACGCGACCGGGGUCCAGGGUGCGGCCGAACCCGGCGACCCGGAAGUCCACAAAAGGGUCGCGGCCGUGCAGGUACAGGUGCAGGGUAUGGAGGGCGAUUGGCGGGCCUACUGCGAGCAUCCGCUAUCGGUCGCUACCGCAGCAAUGCUUAAUCUUCAACAACAACAUCAGGUGACGGCAGUUUCCGGUCAUAAUGAUGAUCCGGCCGCCUCCUAUGUCUAUGAAUACUACAAACUUCCCGAGAAGGCAACCGAAGUUAAACUACCACCCACUCAUGAAUUAUGGUCCACGAGUGUGAUGGGGCCAAAAUUAUUGGUACAAGAGGCGUCUGGUGCUGGCUCGACAAAUCGAAUGGAAACCACCGAAAGCGCUGGUGGUGGGGAACUUCAUCAUUUAUUCCAUCAGUACAAUCAACAAUCCCACAGUCCAGGACAAAGUCUUCAGGGUGGUCUUCCACUUCCUUUAAGUCCACAAUCGUUACGUCACGAUGGUUCGUCAAGUGCUGGUAUACAGGGGGUUAAACGUGAACCCGAGGAUCUCAGUUCAUCACGUGGUGGUCAACAAUCCAGUAAACGUCACAAACAAUCGCAACCGGACAGUCCGACGCCACCGGGAAUGUAUCAUCAUCAUCAGCACCAGCUACAGGUACAGCAAUAUGGAAGUCCCUACGAUCCCUAUUCGUCGUGUAGUCCUCGACUACAAUCGGCGGGUUAUACGUCAGCAUCGGCGAAUGCAGCGGCAAACGCUGCAAAUUCCAGUGGACUUCAUCAGGAGGCAACUGUUUAUGUGACUAGCGAACAAUUACCACCAUUGGCCUCGUCGAGUUCCUCAUCACUUCCAACAACAACUGCAUCAUACACGAGGUAUGAGGUCGUACCAAGUUCUUAUGCAACGACACACGCUAUUCGCACCACAUCGAGCAGUAGCAAAGUCCUCACUGUCGAUCUACCCAGCCCUGAUUCGGGAAUUGGCGCCGACGCCGUUACACCGAGGCAAGAUCAUCAUCCACCAACGGCACUUCAUCAGUCAUCGUUUGAUUAUACGGAACUAUGUCCUGGAGGCAGUGCAACCGCAACGACUGUGGUACUCGAGAGUGGAGCCGUCAUUCACCAUCAACCACUGCAACUACAAUUGCAACAAGGACACACCCAAACCCAAGUUCAAAGAAGUGCUCUCGUCUCAAGUGGUGCAACGACUCCGAAUCCAAAUCCAAAUCCACCAAGGUCACGACCCUGGCACGAUUUUGGAAGACAGAACGACGCCGAUAAAAUACAAAUAGCUAAACUUUACGCACCCUACGGCUUCAAGUACCACCUGGAGUCGCCAAUCAGUACAUCGCAACGCCGCGAGGACGAUAGAAUAACCUACAUCAAUAAGGGUCAAUUUUAUGGCAUCACAUUGGAUUAUGUACCGGAUCCAGACAAACCUCAACUUAAACCGGGCCAGACUGUCAAGAGUGUCGUGAUGCUAAUGUUCCGAGAGGAAAAGAGUCCAGAAGAUGAAAUUAAAUCCUGGCAAUUUUGGCACGCGAGACAACAUUCAGCGAAACAACGGAUUCUAGAUGCUGAUACGAAAAAUAGUGUGGGACUUGUUGGAUGUAUUGAAGAAGUUGCGCACAACGCUAUAGCAGUUUAUUGGAAUCCUUUGGAAUCAUCAGCUAAGAUCAACGUUGCUGUCCAGUGUCUAAGCACGGAUUUCUCGAGUCAAAAAGGAGUCAAGGGACUUCCUCUACAUAUUCAAAUAGAUACAUACGAAGAACCACCACCACAUGCUCACACUUAUACACCACCAUCUCACAGGGGUUACUGUCAAAUUAAAGUCUUCUGCGAUAAGGGAGCGGAGAGAAAAACCCGUGACGAGGAAAGGCGAGCGGCAAAGAGAAAAAUGACAGCAACGGGGAGAAAGAAAUUGGAUGAACUUUAUCAUUCGGUGACGGAGAGAAGUGAAUUUUAUUGUAUGGCCGAUCUUCAUAAACCACCAGUGUUAUUUACACCACCGGCGGAACAUGCUAUUGAUAAGUUCUCAACGAUGGAGUUGUCGGGAUUCUAUGGAAGUGGAAGUGGAGGGAACGGAGGUGACACAGACACCUCCUCCCUGAGUAAUGGUGAGGGCGGUGGAUUAAAAGCAGGUGGCAGCAGUCCAUAUCCCUCAUGUGGGGGAAGACCAAGUUUGCCGGCCCUCAAAUUUCACAAUCAUUUUCCACCCGACAAUUUGAGUUCCCUUCACGACAAAAAGGACUCAUUGCUGAUGCAGGUACAGGAACUUCAGGGUUCCGUUCUUCAAAAUGUACAACCUCAAGGUAUACCAACUGGUGCCGUUGUCACUGGUAAUGUUGGAAAUCGAUUACACCUAUCGCAACAACAUCUACGCGGAAGUGAAGCCGAGGAACGUGUUAUGCUCUACGUACGCCAGGAGGCUGACGACGUUUAUACUCCGCUUCACGUCACCCCACCAACCGUUCAAGGACUUCUCAAUGCUAUUGAGUCAAAGUACAAAAUUGCAUCCUCGAGUAUUAAUAACCUCUAUCGCAAAAACACAAAGGGAAUUACAGCGAAAAUUGAUGACGAUAUGAUUCGCUACUACGUGGACGAGGACCUCUUCCUAUUUCAGGUUAGCCAUUCGCGGAUAAAAUCUGAUUCCGUCACAGACAGAAAUCACAAUCCAGGCUCACCUGACGAUCAAGAUACAGGGGAUCCCCCAAAUCCCGGUUACGAUGUGACAUUUAUUGAAUUACAAACAUCACCAAUUCAACUUCCACAAUCGCCAUCUGCGCAUGCGCAUUCACACAUGCACGACGCCGGUAAUACGUGAGGAAUAUAUUUCGUCAACAUACGCAAUUUUUGUAAAUAGGAACAAAAUAAUAGAUCUCCGCCCCUCUUUUCCCAAAAAAAAAAAAAAAAAAAACUUACACACAUACAUACAAACACAGGGAUCACAUAUUAGGAAAAUGGCGGCAAAUUUUUUUUUUUUGAUAAACAUGUUUCCAACAUAAAAAAAAAAUUAGCGCCAAAAUUUAAAAUUAUUACUAUUAAUCGCUCUAUUAAAUAGUGGUGGAAAAUUUAAAUAAUUUUUUGGCGGGGAAAAUUUAAAUACUUAGCGCGUCAAAUAUGGCGCGAAAUUCAAAAAGUGCCAAUCUACAAUGAAUUAAAUAAAAAAACGGUGGUGAUGUGGUGAAACUUGAAAUGUGAAUUCUUUAUACUAAUGAAUGUGACAAAAAAAAAUGAAGAGAAAAAAAACAAUCAAGUGGACCGUUUUAAAAAAAAAAUGUAAAUCAAGCCAAGCAAUCAUUGCUCUCGUUAAGAUAGUUUUUAUUUGUUAGUUUAGAUAGAUAGCCCAGAUCGUAUAGUUAAAUCAAUCAAAAUUGAUUUUAGGUCGACGUUAUAUAUUUUUUUUAAAAAAAGAAAAUAAUGAAGAAAUAAAGUACGUAUGACGUAUGUGUAUGAAAUUUUUCAAUUUUAGUUAUUAAAUCAUUUUUGUUUAAGACUUUGGUAAGUGUGUGAGAGAGAGAGAGAGAGAGAAAAAAAGAAAGUUUAAUUAAAGUUAAGAAGUGCUUUGAAUUUUAAUAUUUGUACUGAAGGAGAGAGACAAUGAAAUAACGACCGUUAGGUGUGUGAGAGAGAAAGACAUAUCUGAAUCUUUCCCAAAGUUUCGUCUCAAGUGCUCAUUAAACGUUAUUAGUUUACAAUAAUUUUACAAAAAAAAAAAAAAAUAACAUUCCCAAUUUAAAAAGUUAAGGAAUUUUUAAACAUUUUCUUUUAUCAAAAUUUUAUACUUUUAUAUUGAUACAACUUGAUAAAAAAAAUUAGCAAUUGACAUAACCUCGAAAAAAUAAUUUUUUUCUCGUUAUUUUUGAAAAAUGCUAUUUUUCAAUUUUUAAUACUUACUGUUUUUAAAAAUUACCGUUUUUAAGAUUUAAAAAAAAAUUCUGUUCACUGUUAAAAAUAAUACUUUAUUUUAUCUUUUUCCUUACAGAAAAAUGUAUAAGAAAAAUUAUAUUAAAAGGUAAUUCCCCGAUGGUCAAUGGCUUUUUCAAUUGUUGCCAAUAUACAUUUGGUCAAUGCUUAUCAGUGUUGCCAAUCUAAUGAGAUCUAUCUGAAAUUUGGCGCCAAAUUCAAAAGUAUAAAAUUUCGAUAAAAUAAAUAAGUGUAAAAAUAUCGAAAUCUGGAAUUAUUAUAUUAUAAUUAUUAGUAAAUUUAUAUUAUUAUAAUUAUAAAUAUAAUUAUAAAUAUAAUUAUACAUAUAAUUAUAAGCAUAAUUAUAAAUAUAAUUACCAUUAAUAAUUAUUAUAUAAAAUUCCUGAAACUAUUAAAUUGUAUCUGCCUUAAAAAAAAUUAUAAAUUAUUGUAAUUCUUUAUAACUAAACAUUUUUUUGCGACAAUAACAAACUAAUCAAAAUGACUGUAAGCCAAUAAUUUUUUUUUUCUUCCGAAAAAUCGCGCUAGUUUAAAACAAGAUAGUUCCGUUAGGUUAGAAUAGAUUUUACAUACAUUGAAUCACACACACACACAUUUAUAUAAUAAUAAUAAUAGCAUAUAAUAUGUUUAAAAAGUUCUUACACGUCGUACCAAUAUCAAAGCAACGAUCAAAAUACGCUUGUAAAAUGCAUAUUAUUAUUAUUGAGUAUACUAUAUUUUGUUACAUUUAUUUGUCAAAACAACAUAUAGAUAUUAUUAUUAUUUUUAUUAUUAUUAUUAUUAUUAUUUUUAUUAUUAUUGAUUCUAUUGUCUUCAAGAGCUACGUACGGUAUAAUUGUUAUUUUUAUACAUAUACGAACUGAGGGAGAAAAAGAGAAAUGAAAAAAGAACACUAUUUUACGUCUGUGUGAGUGUUUUUUUGUGCGAGAAGGAGAUAAAAAUUUGGCAAAGAUUUACUUAUUAGUGUUGGACCAUGACAAUUUAUCGUAUAAGCAAUUUUUUUUAAACUUCUUGCUCGCGGAGCCACGAAGUCAAAGAAUUUAUUAUGAUUAUUAUUAUUACUAUUAUAUGUUUGGUCGAUGCUAGAGAUUGAAUUUUUUUUUUAACUUUCACAAUUAUUUCUUUGUUGAAUAGUGAUUAUCGAGAAAUAUUAAUUUUCAAGUUUUGUAAAUGAUUUUUUAAUGAAAUGGCGGGGUUAAUUAAUUAUUUUUUUUUUUUUACUUUUUAAUGAAGUUAUUAACUAAAUUUUUAUUAUUAUUAUUAUUAUUUUGAAAAGUUAUUGUCUUAUGAUACGAUAAGAUGUUAUAAAAAUUUUUUUAGAGUUUAAAUUUUUUUAGACGAAAAGAAAAAUGUUUUUUUGACGAAAUUUGUUUUAUUAAAAAAAAGUAGUUAUUGGCUAAAUUUUAUUUUUUAAUUUUUUUUAUUGGCAUAGAGAAGAUAUUUUUUUUUUUUUUAAUUGUUUCCCAUAAAAAUUGUGUUUUUAAUUUAAGGUGGAAUCCCAGUGUAUAGGAAAAAAUUUCAAUAUUUAAAUAUUGAUCUAAAAAAUAUAUUUUAAUAAAUGUAUUUUAAUAAACACAGUAAUUAUCAAUAAACAAAAAUAGUAAAAAAAAAAACAAAUAAUAAAAUAUUAAAUACAAUAGUAAAAAUUUAAUAAUGGAAAAAAAUUAAUUUACACAGUGGGAUUUCCCCUUAAGGUGCCAAAGUGAUAUUAAAUAAAUUGAAUGUGAAAAUAAUUUUUUUUUCUAGAUUAUAAGUUAUUUUUGGAGAAAAUUUUUCUCUCGCAUUGAUCAUUUAUUCGCGGGCAGAAUUUGUCGGAGCCAUGUUUUUAUAAAUAUAUGCUACUAUUAUUAUAAUUAAUUAUUAUUAAUUAAUUAUAUAAAAAUAUAAAUAUAUAUAUAUUAUUAUAAAUAGAAAUCGAGCGUGUAAAGAAAAAAAAAGCUCAAUUCGAAAUGAAAGAUACAAAAAAAAUAGAAAAUAUUUUAUAUUUCUUCAAGAGUCUGCGAUUUUAGAUAAAAAAAAAUGAAAAAAAUAUGUAUUUUCUCGUUAUUUUUUGGUCGAAAACGCGUGAAUGCGACGUUUCUUUUUUUAUGUAAAUGUGAAUCAUUUUUUUUUUUUUUGACCGUUUGUAUGUUGGAACACGAUCGAUUUAAUCUGUUAUAGAUCGUUUUUCCCUUUCUCUCCCCCCCCCAUAAGCUUAAAUAACUUUUUAGUUUAUACAGUGUAGUUUGAUCGAUUAGUGUCGCAUAGUCUACUGAUCGAUUUAUGGAUCAUGAGUAAAAAAAAUAGAGAAAGAGAGCGAGAGAGAGAGAGAGAGAAAGAGAGCGAAUAAUAAAAUAGCGAAAAAAAUGAAUAAUAAUGAAUGUUUUAUUGUCGCGACGUCUUGCCAACGUGAGAUUGUGCCAGAGGUGAUAUUAUAUUAUUACGAUGUUUAUUAAAAGAUAAAAAAAAACAAUAAAUAUUAUAUUAGUACGUUUUAUAAA